AAGAAAGAAACGUGACAUCACUCUACACAGACAACAGUCUUAAUGUAUGUUAUAUAUGUGUACCGUACAUUGCAACGUGAGCACACACUAUAUAUAACGUGAAUAAGAAAAGAAAACAGAAAAAAAAAAAGAAAAGAAAAGAAAAUCGCUAUUUGUCGCAGUUCUAUUAUAUAUAACGUGAAUAAGUAAAGAAAAGAAAAACGCUAUAGUUGUAUUAUUAUUAUUCUCAUUCUUUCUUUUUCAUUAAUAUACGCACACAUACACCCGUUUCUUAUUAUAAAGUAAAAUGUCUCAACAAGCAGAUAAAAGUGGCACAAGUACAGAUUCGACAAAAUUGAGUUCGAGCUCGGCAGAUCGUUCAACGGGCACAUCAGGCGAAUUAGGAUCGGCAUCAACAGCUGAGCCACAAGGCUCAUCGGCAUUGGGCGACUCGAACUUUGCCGGCAUGUCAACAACGAGUCAAGCUAAAUCAUCUGCUGAUUCAUCCAGUGGAGCAUCAGCCGGGCAAGGCGUCGGUGGAUCGGGUGCUGGACAGGGUGGAGCGAGUCAACCGUGGAGUUCAUCAUCGGCUGCACCGUAA